AAUAAAUCCUCACAUAUGAUUUCUGCCCCUUGUGAUCGCUACCAGCCCACAGCACCGUUCGGCUGGAAGUAGGGGUGGGAAAACACGCUUAUUUACAUUUAUUCCGGCUUGUUUAUGCUGCCGAUCUGCUUGAGAUCAACUCAGUCUCGGAAGUAUUGGCACUGCAAGAAGACGUAGUUUUUGGAAGCGCGCGCGUGCAAACAUUUGCGUUGGUCUGUUUCGUUUGUUGUGUGACGAUCGAUACAGGUUAGUCCUGAUCACGAUUUCUGAUUGAUUCCGCAACGAUGCCGCUCUGGCCAGUUCGCAAUACUGUCACGGUAGUACUGUAUGCUUUCUGUUUCCUGCUUCCUUUCGUCGUAGGACUAAAAGAGCAGGAAAUCGAUCUCAAAGCUGUUGCUCACACCCGGAGCCCUGAUGAUAAAGUUUCACUAGAUUUGAAGUUUUCCGGUCUUGUUCAAUCACACAAACAAGUCGGAUCAAUACACCAGGGUAAAAGUAAACUAAGCAAAUCAACAUCUAGGAAGUACGUAAAGGGAAGCUGGACUGAUGUCCAACAUGGAAAGAAAUCAAUAUAUGAUAAGAAGUACUUUGAUUAUCUGCCUACGGAGAUUAAAAAUUUGCCGGAAAACCAAAUAGAUGAUAGUUUAAAGAGACGGAUUAAUAGUAGAAGGGCUCGCCGAAAUGCCGAGGAAAAACCAUUAGGCCGAACGAAAAGACACGGCAUUUGGUACGUACAACCAGUGACAUCUUAUUCCUACGAUAUGCCCCAGUAUAUUUAUCCGAACGAUUGGAGGCUGCAGUACAAUCCGUACGACUUAAAUUAUAGGCCAACUUUGCACAACCAAUAUCUUCCACCUGUCACCCAAAGUCCCUCUCCAUCGAUACCAACGACUAGUGCACCGGGUGGACCGACCAUUGAUAUUGAUCCCGGAAUGAGAGGUUCGUUUAACGAAGAUCAACAACCGUUUGCCUUCGAUGUCGUGUAUGAUCCUAGCAGGGACACUAAAUACAGACUGAUGAAGACCACUAAAAAAACUCCGAUAGCAACUACACCUAACAAUUUUCGAGGGAGUGUGACGACGACAACGACAACCAGACCAACAGUUCGACCGGCUGCAUUCGGGCCAACACCCACUUCACCUGGAACGAGCCAGGGUACAACAUCUGGUGAUCGGCCAUCGAUUCAGCACAACAGUGAUGACGAAUUCGACUGGUCUAAUCUCGGUCUAUCCGUCGAUGGUGGAAUCGGAAAUAGAUUAGGCUUCGGUGGAGACGGACAAUCUCUCCCAAAUCCAGGAAAUAACUCCAUUACGAGUGGUACGGCAAACAGGAACUCUAUCGGAUCAAAUAUGAACCGGCAAGCACCCUCCAAGUGCACCUGGGCCAUCGCCAACUGUUGCAGUCACAACUCGGAUAAAAUACGCUACUACUGCUUUGAACAAAAUCAAUGCUUUGGUGCAUUUUGGGGCGAAAAUGUCUGCAGACGGCACUUCGAAGCAGCAUUGAGAGAAAUAGAGAUCUACUACAACGUCUAAUUUUUUUCUCACCGUUAAACUUGACUGCUUAAUAUUCGAAAAUGUGAUCCGUCACCAACAAGUUGUCUUCCAACUACUAGUUGUACAGAAUGUACAGCAUAAAUCUGUAUUGGAAUACCCUUGUAGAAAUGGUAUAAAUUAAAUUAAAUCAACAUAGA